UCAGCAAUACUGUCAUGGCGGCGUCCAUUCGACCACGUCUCAUAUCAAGGUUAGCUGUAGUCACAGGAGGGGGCAGUGGCAUUGGGCGUGCAGUUUGUCAGCGCCUUGCUUCAGAGGGGGCCUCACUGGUGGUUGCAGACCGGAGCGUGGAAUCGGCCAAUCAGACCCUGGAAAACCUGUCUCGUGAUCAUAAAGGGCAGGAACACAUGGUGGCAGAGGUGGAUGUUGCUUUCCGCAGCAGUGUGGAGAACCUGCUGAACAGUAUACAGCGACGGUACUUCCAGCCCCCAUCUGUAUGUGUGAAUGCUGCUGGCAUUACACAGGAUGAGUUCCUGUUGAAAAUGGAGGAAGAGGACUUUGACAAAGUGGUUCAGGUCAAUCUUAAGGGCACCUUUCUGAUCACUCAAGCUUUCUCGAGGGCCAUGGUAGCCGCAGGCGCUCCCAAAGGUUCCAUUGUUACCGUAGGCAGCAUCGUGGGGAAGGUGGGGAAUGUGGGCCAGGCCAACUACUCGGCUUCCAAAGCCGGUGUCCAGGGGCUUACCAGAACAGCUGCUAAGGAGCUCAGCAGAUUUGGCAUCCGGUGUAACUGUGUUCUACCAGGGUUCAUCACCACACCAAUGACAGACAAGGUGCCAGAAAAAGUGAUCAGCAGGAUUACUUCCCUUGUGCCCUUGGGGAGGAUGGGAGACCCUGCAGAGGUGGCUGAUGUGUGUGCCUUCCUGGCUUCUGAUGACAGUCUCUAUAUCACUGGAAGCUGUAUAGAAGUCACAGGAGGGCUUUUCAUGGGCUGACUCAAGACCGCAUAUGGAGAAUGACCGCCAUUAGGCCUUACAUUUUUCUUAAAUAUAUAUGUACAUAAUAUGAUUAUACUAUUUGUAUUAUAAAAUACUAUUUUUGUAAUUUGCAUGCAUUAGCAAAAUAAAACACUUAAAUUAUAAUAAAUUGUGUAAUAUGUAAUAACCACUGUGCCAAUGGAUAAAAUGCACCAGCCCCUCUUAUAUGCAGAUAUGGAUUACUUUUUUACAGAGUAGCCUACUUACUGUAAGUGCUACAGGACAGACAUACAGGGAUAUAAACACACACACCUAUACACACUCUCUCUCUCUCUCUCUCUGAGUUAAGUACUAUUGCAACAAGAGACACUAAUGUACAGGCUGUGAAAGUGCCUCAGCAUGUGGUUUAAUGGGAAACCGAACAGAAAAAAAGGACGGUGAGCUCAGACACACACACACACACACAAAAUCUCAAACUGUGGAAACAUGAUCAAAAGCCAAAGCAAGGAAUACUGCACAGCCACCAGAGAGAACAAAGGUGAAAGAUGUCUGAGAAUUCAGACCAGGUGAAGGCUGUGUGCUUUCUGUGGUGCACUGCGGCUAUUGGGUGGAGUUUAUUUCUGGUCAUCUUGACUGAUGAACCAUGGAGGAUAGUGAACGUAUUAUUUACUGACUGCAGUGAGAAAAAGGAGGUGAAAUUUAUU